AUGGCUUCAACAAAGUUGCCUUCAGGUGCAAGCAAGAAGUUCAAGCCUACAGAUGAAGAACUCAUUCAAGAUUUUCUCCUUAACAAAAUCAAUGGGAGGCCUCUACCAAACAAUGGAACCAUUCUUGAAGGUGAAAUGUUUGGUACGGAGAAGAAUCCAUGGGAAAUUUGGGAAGAAAACGUUGAAAAUUCUUAUGACGGGAAGGACCUCUAUUUCUUCACUACUCUAAAAAGGAAGUUCUCAACUAACAGCUUGCGGAUGGUUCGCACCAUUGGGUUGGGUUCUUGGGAAGGUGAAGACAUCGGAAAAGAGAUUAUGGCCAAUAAAACUAACCAGCGCAUUGGAAUGAGGAAACGAUAUCGCUUUGAGAAGAGUGAUAAACUGAGGAAUGCCAAUGAUUAUGCUGGGAAAGUAGAAUUUGUUAACCAAUUAGAGAAUGGAGAUGAAAGGAUGGAGAUUCAAAAUGAAUCACCAAACCAAUCAGACAAAGCAAACCAAUCAGAGAAUAAUGGAGAUGAGAAGAUUGAUGAGAUUCAGAGAGAACUAACAAAUCAAUUAGAGAAUAAUGAGGAUGAAAUACAGGUUGAGGCUUUUGAUACUACUAUUGGAAUUGAGGCAAACUGUGAGGAAAGGAAGCGUGAGAGGUCACCCAUGUAG